CCGCUCUAUGAAAGCCAACGAUCAAAACAAUCAGCCUCUAGCCUCCUACUGCAAUUUUUCGCAUCCGCCGUUCCUGCAUGCGCCCGCUUUACUUUCGAUAGGAGCGCCGAAGCGAAGUGCAGAGUAAACGAGGAGGGCGAACGCGUAAACACAUAUGCUCUUUUAGGCGCCAAGACAAAACAUAUGCCCGUCGCUCUUACAAGACUCACCGGACUCACGAGCAGCGCCAGAAUAUCGUCGUGCUUUGCCGGCAUAUAUAGAGCAAGAAGAGCUCCUUUGGCCGGGUUCUCGCACGCACGACGACAGCGCGCGAUCGUGUCAGCGAGGAGCUACUGCGAGUUGUCUUCAGCCUUGAACGUCGCUCGAAGUCGUAGCGUGCAGCAAGACGCCUUCGGCAUGGACGCGGAGAGAGGCACCGCCGCGGGAGUUCUGAGGGCGUGGGACUUCAACGUAACUCCGGACGACUUGCACACCAGGGCGUCCAAGAUCAUGGACGAGUGCCGCAAGAUAUGCGACACAGUCGGCGCCUUGCGGGGUGACGAGAUCACCUUCGAGUCUGUGCUUGAUGAAAUCGCAGAGGGCCAACGUAUAUUUGCCAACGAGAAGCUCUACCUCGAGCUCCCAAUGUAUGUUUCAGCCAGGAAGGAACUUCGUGACGCCAGUGCCAAGGUGUCGAGCAAGCUCAACGAGUUUCAAAUCGAGAUUGACAUGCGGACUGACAUCUUUGAGAAGCUGCUUGUGCUGGAGAAGAAGGACAUCAGCUGCCUUUCGCCAGAAAAGAAACGAUUCCUCGAAAAACUCAUCAAGCUGCGCAAGAGAGAUGGUCUCCAUCUGGACGCGGAAGUGCAGAAGCAGGUGAAGCAGCUCAAGAACGAAAUCAGCGAGCUCGAGGUGAAGUACAGCAAGAACUGCAACGAGGAGAACACGGUGCUCGAGUUCACCGAAGAACAGCUGAAGGGAAUGCCCGAGGACUUUGUCAAAAGCCUCGAGAUGGUCGAGUCUGGCAAACGGAAGGUGACGCUGAAGCAUCCGCACGUGAUGCCCAUCAUGAAGAUGGCUGCUGACCCUGAGACUCGAAAGAAGGUCAACUUUGCCUACGAGUCCAGGUGCAUUGCGGAGAACAUACCACUACUUGAGAGGGCCAUAUCUCUAAGACACAAGAAAGCACAGAUCCUCAGCUACCCGACGCACUCUGACUUCAUCACCGAGUUGCUGAUGGCACGAUCGGCCGCAAACGUUCGGCAAUUCCUCACCGAACUGGCCGACAAGCUGCAACCACUGUGGGAGAAGGAAAAGAAAGUGCUGCUUGAGCUGAAGGAAGAAGAGUGCAAGCGCCACGGAAUCCCCUUUGAUGGCGAGCUGCACCUUUGGGACGUGGACUUUUACAAGAAUCUGGUGGAGGAGCGACACUACAAGGUGGACCAGGAGAAGCUGCGGGCGUACUUUCCCCUGGACGUUGUCAUGAAAGGCAUGUUCGGCAUAUACGAGCUUUUGUUGAGGCUAAAGUUUGAAGAGAUCGAGAAUCCCGCUCUGUGGCACCCCGAGGCUCGUAUGUUCAAGGUGACCGACAGCGACAGCAAGGAGCUACUUGGGUACUUCUUUAUGGAUCUGUUCCCGCGAGAAGGCAAAUACGGCCACUUCUGUAACAUUCCGCUGCAGCCAGCCUGCCGCAAACAGGACGGCUCCAGACAGGUUGGCGUGGUAGCCGUCAUCUGCAACUUCCCAAAGCCCACAGCGGACAAGCCGUCCCUCCUGGCCCACAGUGACGUGCAGACGUUCUUCCACGAGUUUGGCCACACCGUGCACCACAUUUGCAGUCGGGCUGAGCUAGUCAUGUUCGAGGGCAUGACGGUGGAGCGUGAUUUCCUGGAGUGCCCUUCCCAGAUGCUGGAGAACUGGUGCUGGGACAUGGAAGGCCUGAGCCGCAUGUCCAAGCACUACGGCUCGGGCGAGCCACUUCCCAAGGAGUUGGCCGACCCGCUGAUUGCCUCGCGGCUCGCCAACGUAGGCCAGUUCAACUUGUUCUAUAUCAACAGCGCCAUGUUUGACUUGGAACUACACGUCAGGCCACAGGCGGAGACGGCCAGGCUGUACAAUGACAUCCAGGAAAGGAUUCUCGGCUACAGGUCACAGGACGGGACUAACUUCGCAGCCAAUUUCCUCCACCUGAUGGAAGGCUAUGACUCUCGCUACUACAGCUACUUGUGGAGUGAAGUGUACAGCAUGGACUUGUUCGACACACGUUUCAAGAAAGAGGGCAUCCUGAACCCCAAGACCGGCAUGGACUAUCGGAAGCACAUCCUCGAGCCUGGCUCAACCAAGGAUGCUGACGAGCUGCUGAGGAACUUCCUGGGCCGGGAGCCAAGAAUAGACGCCUUUUUCGUGAGCAAGGGUCUGGCACCUCCAAGCUGAUGUCACUUCUAGGUUUCGUCAGGUCCUUUUCAAACACUUGCGUCCAGUGGUCUUUUUCCUAUAUAACUUUAUAAAAGUUCAGACUGGACCCUCAACCUCAUCAAAAGCUUCCAAUAGAUCUGUAUUGUUUGGAGAAGAAAACCAAAGUGCUUUGUUCCUUCUUAUGUGCCAUGAUGGUGUCACGUCCUUGACAGGCAAUGCAAAUCCAUGAAUUAACUGUGCCAUGGCAUCGAGAUGUGCUUUUUUGUACUCGAAUGUCUGGUCAAAUAAAGGACUUUGGAUGUUCUGUCGUA